AGGUCGCCGGGGUCUCAUCGGAAAUUGUACGUUUUCCGGAGCAUUGGCAGGAAGUCCUUCUUCAGAGCAAUGGUUCAGCAGGCCGUACAGGGAACUCCGGCAGCUUACGGUAAGGAAAUGGAGAGGCUUUCCGCUAAAGAAUCCCUUCUUCUCGCUUUUAAAGAUUCUGGUGGUUUUGAGGGUUUAGUAACUGGUAAAACAACGGAUAUACAGCUCAUCGAUGUGAAUGAGAGGGUAACUGGCUUGGAGCAGCUCAAUCCGAUGCCCAGACCAACUACAUCGCCCUUUCUAGAAGGUAGAUGGAAUUUUGAGUGGUUUGGGUCUGGAAGUCCUGGAUUAUCUGCUGCUAGAUUUGUAUUUGUGAGAUUUCCUUCAACUUUGGCUAAUUUGUCAAAAAUGGAUGUGUCGAUCAAGGAAGGAUAUGCAAAGAUUACAGUGACCAUGAAAUUACUUAACUCGGUAGAAAAGCAAAUUUUUCUAUCCACCAGGUUAUCCGUGGAGUGACCGCUUCGUAUGAAAGAGGAAUAUGUUGAAGGUAUCAUGGAAUCUCCGACAGUUAUUGAAGAAACAGUACCAGAACAGCUAAGAGGUGCUUUUGGUCAGGCAGUUAAUACGAUGCAACGACUGCCUGUUCCUAUUCGAGAUGUCGUUGCCACUUGGCUAACAAUUCCUCUUAGUGGAUCUUUCCAGAGACUAUUUAUGAUUUCUUAUCUUGAUGAUGAAAUACUUAUAAUAAGGGAUACAGCUGAAGUGCCUGAAGUUUUAACAAGAUUGGUUGCGCCCCCUUCUCCCUCGGCAGAAUCCGUUUCGGAGUAUGAGAGUUAGGAAUUUGUACAUGUAUGAAAACUGAAAAUUUCCUCUACUUCAAUCACCCUAUAUGAGUU